UAAAAGUGCAAGGCAAAGCUACUGUUGAAAGUAAAGCGGAUUUCAGAAAUUCAAAAUCAAACAAUUUCCAGGAUAAAUAUUAUCUUAAAAGUAAGCCGGACUAACCCGAUAAGUGUUCAUUGGGGAAACAUCUAAAUUAACAAGUCUUCAGGACCAAUGAUGAACAUAAAAAUCAAUUUUUUUCUAAAAAAAUGUGAGCUUACUAAAAUGGCACAAAAAUAUGGUAACAUUUUUACUGGUAGAUGUAACUAAACCAAAAGAUUUUUAUGACUUAAUUCUGUGUAAUAUUGUGAGUGGUUCAGGAUCUUACUUAAAAAGUCUUACGAUGAUAGAUGGAUUACAAAAAAAAAAUGUUUGUUACGUUUAAAAGUAAUCAAGAUGCUGAAAAUUUUUGUGAAAAUAGACCUGAGGAAAUCAACAAUGUAGCUUCUGUUUCGAUGGCAACAUUGGAAGAAAUAGAUAUUUACAGUAACAUGAUUUCAAUCCAUAGCAGACAGCCAAUUAAAGAAGUGGAAAAGCUAAAUGAGCACCUUAACAAGCUGACUGGAGUAGAAAUAAUUAAGACACACCAAUAUACUGAAAAAAGGUCAAUCAUCAUAGAAUUCUCUCCACAGCAGUGUCUAAGAGAAAACUUACCUGCACUGAUAUGGAAAUGUGCUGGUGACUUCAUGGAUCAGUACCUCAUCUGUGCUCCAGUACAGAAAAGCAGGAUGAUCUUAGUUGAAGGAAUUGAUGAGAAGAUUUCAGAUGAUUCACUAAAACAGUAUUUUACUAAUAAGUGCAGCAGUAGAAGAUCUGGAGUUGUUGAAAAAUUGGACAGACUGGAUCCAACAUCUUCAAUUGUAAUGUUCAAAGCUGUAGAAGAUGCAGAAAAAAUUACAAACCAAACAGAAUUCUUUCUAGGCAAUAAAACACUCAGUGUGAAGAAUUACUUUUCAUGCUUAACUAAAGAAGUUUACCAAAGAUGUUUUUAUCAGACUCAAAAACUAUACCCUAAAUUAAGUGAAGAAGGUUUGCUCAAUAGUAAAAAGAUUGACAAAGUUCUAAACAAAAGUUUACCUCAAGCAAGUGAUAUUAAAGAAAUUGUUGUCAAAAAUAAAAAAGAGCAUGAAACUAAAAAAAAACUUAACAAAAGGAUAAAUGAUUCUAAUAAGAGUUUUACCCUUAAAGGCUAUGGCACACACACUGUCUUAACUUUUGGGUCAGUGACAUUAAAAGUAAAAUAUGGUGAUCUCACAGAAGAAAAAUGUGAUGCUAUUGUCAUUGCUUUAAAUGAAGAUAUGAAUUAUAUCUCUUCAAAUGCUGUGAGUCAUUCAGUGUGGUGUAAAUAUAUGCGUAACAUAAGUGGAGAAUGUAAAAAUGAAGCUGGAGAUAUAUGGCAAAAUGGAUUAAUAGUCAAAUCCUCAUGGAGGUUUCCUUUUACAAAAAUUUUCCACCUGAGCACGAAAAAGUUUGCCCAACAUUGGGACAGUGGCCUGAAGCUGGUGUUGGAAGAAGCUGAGAGACAGGGAGUUAAAUCUUUAGCUUUUCCUGCCCUUGGAUGCUCCAGGAUAUCAAAAGAUGACCACCUAAAAAAAAAAUUAUAUUUCCAAGCCCUUGAACAAUUUGGUUCCAACAGUUUACACACAUUAUCAGACCUGCGACUUGUAAUUUUGGACAAAAAAUUGUGGAAUACUUUUACAGUUGAAGGCACAGUCACAGUUGUAAAUUUUGGUUCAGUGACAUUAAAAAUAAAGAAUGGUGAUCUCAUUGAAGAAAAAUGCGAUGCUAUUGUCAUUGAAAUAGAUGAUAAUAUGAAUCUUAUUGGUUCAAAUGCUGUGAGUUUUUCAUUAAGGAGGAGAUCUAGUCUACAUCUGCAACUAGAAUGUCUCAACAAAGUCAGUGAUAUUAAACAAGAUGGUUUAGCUGUGACAUCAUCAGGGUGUUUACCAUGUGAUAAAAUUUUCCACCUGAGCACGAAAAAGUUUGCCCAACAUUGGGACAGUGGCCUGAAGCUGGUGUUGGAAGAAGCUGAGAGACAGGGAGUUAAAUCUUUAGCUUUUCCUGCCCUUGGGUGUACUAUGAUAUCAAAAGAUGAAUACAAAAAUAAAAAAUUAUAUUUCCAAGCCAUAGAGCAAUUUGGUUCUAGCAACAUACGUACAUUAACAGACCUACGACUCGUUAUUUUGGACAAAACAAAAUUGGAUAUAUUUUCAUUUAAAGAAUCACUUAUCUCUAAGGAGAAUACUAUCGCAUCAACUUUGAUUCAUCAGCAUAAAAACUUAACAACUCUUUGUGAUUCUACAAAAGAAGCCAAGGAAUUAAUUAAACAUGUGAAUGAUGAAUGCAGAAAAAAUGCUGUAACUGAAAUAUUUAAAAAAGAUGAUCUAAAGAAAUUAGACAGCACACAGAUAAAAAAUUUAGUAGAUUUCGGACUUGAAAACCAAGUGAUUGUCAAGUUAAAUGAAGUAAAAGGAUCUGCAACUCUUCAAGGUUUACAGCAAAAUGUAUCUAAAGUCAAAGAAAAAAUAUCAGAUACAAUUAUAGAUCAUUAUAAAUCACUACAACAUGCAAUACCUGUAGCCAUCCAAUGGCAGUUUCAAGAUAAUACUGAAUGGAAAAACUUUGAUCCCAUAAUAAAUGCUGAACUGGAGAACGCAGUCAAAAAGAAUAAAUCAUUUUUUGAUCUAAAAGAAUCAAAAAGCAUAGCCAGCAGAAUUGAUUUUAAAAACAUGACUAAACUUAAUAUUAAAACUGAUGGUACCAAUGAAUUCAAUACAAUUAAAAUCAGACGUAUUGAUCAAAUAAAAGAUCACCAAUUCCCAUUACACUGGUCUGAAAUGGAAGAAAGUGAACAUCUGAAACUAAUAACUUUACAACCAGGAAGUGAUGAAUAUAACCAAGUAGAAAAGGGGUUCAAAAUUACAGCAAAAAAAAUAAUUCAGAUUGAGCGAAUCCAAAACAAAACACUGUACCAACAAUAUGCUGCUAAAAGAGAAGAAAUUGUUGGCAGAAAUCCAAGGGGUCACGAAAAUGAAAAAAUACUUUAUCACGGAACAAAUUAUAAAAAUGUUGAUGCUAUAAACCUAACUGGUUUCAGUCGAAAUUACAUUAAUGUUGCAGUGUAUGGUGAAGGUGUAUAUUUUGCUACAGACCCGACCUUCUCAGUGAAUUAUGCAAAUCCAGACAGUAAUGGCAUUAAGAAAAUGUACCAGGCCAGGGUUCUUGUAGGAGAAUCAGCUGUAACCAAGUGCGGGGAUCGACAUCCCCCAAACAAACCUGGAAAAAUCUACACUUAUGAUUCAGGCACUGAUGGUAAUGGUGUGAUGUACAUCAUUUUUCAUGAUGCUCAAGCUUAUCCUGAGUACAUGAUCACAUUUUCCUAGAUGGUUCUAAAUACAUUCUACUUUAACAUUUUUUAUUUGAUAAUUACAUUAAAAUGACUAUGGUGUUUGGUAUGUUACUUUAAAUAAAACAAUUAAGUUUUUAAUGAAUAUUACUUGUUAUUGAUUUUUGCUGAAAUAACAAUAAUACUGCCUGUAAUUUGUAUGUAUUUUUAGAUGUACUUGUUGUUUUUAAUUUUUAAAAAGAGUAUGUGAGCUUGUUUUAGUAUCUCACAAAUAUUAAAACAAUGUAUAUAAUGCUUUUAAAAAAAAAGAUGCUAAAGGCAGUAUUAUUGUUGUUAGUUACUGUGCAACAACACCAUUUGAAGUGUUCAACCAUGUGCUCAAACAUUUACCAUGACCUGGCACUGAAUGAAGCAGUAAUGUUAAAUUUGAGGGAUGACAAAUGCAAAUUAAACUUUAAUUACCACUACAAUUGAUUUCUUAGUAUUCCCAAUCAUUUUGUAAAACUAUAAACAUUAAUUUUACUUGCUUUAAAUUGUGUUUCAUUUAUUUAUGUUUGAAACUGAAAAUUUGCAAUUUAUUUUAAAUCAGAAAGUAUUAUA